GCCCACACUUUGUUAAGUUUAUAUAAGCUUUGGUUCUUCUUCCAUACCAACAAAAAAAGUAAUAGCAGCAGUAGAAUAAGCAGUAACAGUUUCGGAGGGAACACACAAAAAGCCCCAAAGCAAAUCACCUUUUUCAAUCUCUCUACACAUCACACACAACACAACACUCUCACUUUAUUCAAAACCAAACCCAGACAACAUCAACUCAAAACAAAACAACAACACAAAAAUGUUUGCAGAAGAGAAUGGCCUCAAGGGAGACCCCAGACUUCAAGCCAUUUCUCAGGCCAUCAGAGUCGUCCCUCACUUCCCCAAGCAUGGAAUAAUGUUCCAGGACAUAACGACAUUGUUGUUGGAUCACAAGGCGUUUAAAGACACGGUCGACAUUUUUGUCGAUCGUUACAGAGACAUGCACAUUUCCGUUGUUGCCGGAAUUGAGGCAAGGGGAUUCAUGUUUGGUCCUUCAAUUGCGUUGGGCAUUGGUGCAAAGUUUGUCCCCUUACGCAAACCACGGAAGCUGCCAGGUGAAGUGAUUUCAGAAAAAUAUGCUCUAGAAUAUGGGACAGAUUGUUUGGAGUUGCAUGUUGGUGCUGUCCAGCCGGGUGAACGGGCCAUAGUAAUUGAUGACUUGGUGGCCACAGGUGGAACUCUGUCAGCAGGAGUAAAACUUCUAGAACGUGUUGGUGCUCAAGUAGUGGAAUGUGCUUGUGUCAUCGGUGUGCCUGAUGUCAAGGGGCAGUGCAGGCUCAUUGGAAAGCCACUUUAUGUUCUUGUUGAGCCGCGUAAAGCAGAUAAAUGUUAUUAAGAUGUGAUGUUAGUUGGAUCAUAGAAAAGGAAGCUUGGUGAGAGAGACCAUAAUGUGAUAAGUUUUCGGCUCAUGAAAUCUGGAAAAUGGCGAAAUAUCAUUCUGGGAAUUCAUGUCUUUAUCUUCUCUGUACAUGUUAGCCAUCAUGGCCAACACUUUUGAACAAUCAUUAUUAAAGAAGGGUUGGAUUCUUCUUGCA